AUGCAAGCAUUUCCAUCUCAUGCCAUACACUAGUUGAUUUUAGAUGGGGAUAAUAGCCCAGCCGAAGAAGAAAACAGUCCAAAAAUAAUAUCUAAAACGAUUAAAUCUAGACAAAUCCCAUUUAUGGACAUGGCUAAAAAUAGAAUAAAAUAAAAAAGAAAAGAAAGCACAUAAGAAAUAACAGAUGAAUUACUUCUAUGGAAAUAAUUUCUUGAUCAUAAAUUUCAGCAUCGUGAUUGA